CUCCCGACCUUUACUCAUUCCCAAUUUUCGUGACCGAAAGAUACUCCCUUCUUCCAACACAGAGAAGAAAACUGCCAUAUAUAUUUCGUUAUGCUCUCAAAUAUAGGCACACGUUUUCCCGAGAAAAUCUCAGUUUCCAUGAGAAGUCUGGUCGUAGCUCCAUCUUCAUCAUGUGUUUGUAAGGCCUCUCCUGGCUUCUCUCUCGAGACCCGAUUCUCUGUCCGCAAUCACCUCCGAUCCUUGCGCGAAGCUCUUUCCCUCCCACCAUCACCAUCAUCGUCCUCUCAAACCAGGCCGCCCUCGCUUCCCAACUCUGACAUGGCCGCCUGUGUCGACCAAACUGGCAGAUUUUACCGCGACCCAAGUUCAGGCGAGCACAGAUACAACCUCAAGUUCGCGAAUUUAUGCCGACCCAGAAUUUCUAGCCCCCUUUCGAGCAUACCCGUUUCGCAGAACCGAGGAAAGACCACGGACACCAUCAAGGUCGCCGAAUGUCACGACCAAGAUGAAGACAAAGAAGACGUGUGGCUCAGGAUGCGAGAAGAGGCUCGCUCGGAUGUUUCUGGUGAGCCCAUACUGUCCAACUACUAUGAAAGCUCGAUACUUUCGCAGGAUUCGCUCGAGAGCGCGUUGGCCAGUCAAUUGUCGAUCAAGCUGAGUAAUUCGAGCCUUUCCUGGGGUACUCUGUACGAGCUAUUGCAUGGGGUGCUCUCAGAGGAUCGAGAAAUUGUCAAGUCUGUGAAGGAAGAUUUGAGAGCAGUGCACGAUCGAGACCCUGCUUGCGUGACCUAUGUCCACUGUUUCUUGAAUUUUAAGGGGUUUCUAGCGUGCCAGGCUCACAGGGUGGCUCACAAGCUGUGGUCACAGGGGAGGCAGGUCAUUGCGCUUGUGAUACAAACCAGGGUCUCCGAGGCUUUCGCAGUUGACAUCCAUCCGGGUGCGAAACUUGGGAGAGGGUUGCUUUUUGAUCACGCGACGGGCCUUGUUGUGGGUGAGACGGCGGUGAUAGGGAACAAUGUGUCGAUUUUGCACAAUGUGACAUUGGGAGGGACCGGCAAAGUGUGUGGUGAUCGGCAUCCGAAGAUCGGCGAUGGAGUGUUGAUCGGGGCCGGGACUUGCAUUUUGGGGAGUAUCGAGAUCGGAGAUGGAGCGAAGAUUGGAGCCGGGUCAGUAGUGCUGAAGGAUGUGCCUCCACGGACGACUGCGGUAGGGAACCCUGCGAGGUUGGUUGGAGGCAAGGAGAACCCUGUUAGGCUUGACGACAUUCCUAGCCUCACAAUGGACCAUACUUCCCACAUAUCUGAGUGGUCCGACUAUGUUAUCUAGGGAGAACCAAAUUCAGAUGCAUUUGAAACGUUCAGUUGAUGAGCUGGUUGCCUGGGUCAAGCAUGGAUCUCUUCCCUAAAAUAGUGCUGGAUUGUGCGGUUGGUGCUUACUCUUUGCUGCUACUUAGUUGGCAAGGCCUUGCUU